AUGUCGACGUCGGGGCAGCAGCACUUCCGGUCCACGCAAACGCCGUCCAAGGUUCUUCACCUACGGAAUCUCCCGUGGGAGUGCUCCGAAGAAGAGCUGGUCGAGAUCUGCAAACCCUUCGGCAAUAUCGUCAAUACCAAGUGCAAUGUCGGCGCCAAUCGCAACCAAGCCUUCGUUGAAUUCGUGGAUCUUAAUCAGGCAAUUAACAUGGUUGCAUAUUGUGCUUCGGCUUCAGAACCAGCACAGGUUCGAGGCAAAACAGUCUAUAUCCAGUACUCGAACAGGCAUGAAAUUGUCAACAACAAGAGUCCUGGAGAUGUCCCAUGCAAUGUCUUGCUUGUUACAAUUGAGGGAGUUGAAGCUGGUGAUGUCAACAUUGAUGUCAUUCACUUGGUGUUCUCUGCUUUUGGCAGCAAAUCUCUGCUUAACCUGGGGGUUUUAUCAGGGAUUACACAAAUCCUUAUCUCCCUGUUAAUCCUACUGCAAUGGAAGGUUUUGUUCAGCCCGUUUUAG